AAUUAUACUAAGAGUAUCAUUAACGAUAAAGAAUUUGAAUUGUUUAGAAAGUGUUUACCGGCCAAACAAAAAGAGCUGAGGAAAGCAGUCCGAGGCAACAAGGACAAAGCUGCUGUGGCUAUCACGGACGAGGAAGUCGAUAUACUUUACGAAAACAAUUUACUUGGAGUUUCCUCUGCUGAAUCAUUGUUGAAUACUGUUUGGCUGAACAACACCAUUCAUUUUGGAAUGCGUGGUUGUCAAGAGCAUAGGGAUUUGUGCUGGGGAGAUGUAAAGCUUUGUAAGGACGCACAAGGUAACGAAUAUCUAGUUUACAAUGAAAGACAGACAAAAAAAAGGUCUGGAGUAGACGCAUCAAACUUUCGAAAAGUUUCCCCGAAAAUGUUUUCAACUGGUGAUGAACGAGAUCCUGUCGUGGCGUACAAAAUUUACCGUGAAAAGCGACCGGAAAACAUGAUGGCUCACGAUUCGCCAUUCUACUUGGGAAUAAACCACACGAAAACAGACGGCUCCAAAAAACACUGGUUUAAGUCGGCACCUAUGGGUGUAAAUAAAUUAAACACUUUGAUGAAAACAAUGGCUUCAAAAGCAAACAUCAACAACGAGCGACUCACGAACCAUAGUGCUCGUAAACACAUGAUUCAAAAACUUAAUGACAGUGAAAUUCCGCCAACGCAUAUAAUGCAGUUAAGUCGGCACAAGAACGUGCAAAGCAUAACAAACUAUAGUAGCUUGAACCUAAAUCAACAAAAAGACAUAUCGGGCAUCUUAAGCCGAGCAUCGUCGCAAACAAAAGUAACUACUGCAACUAACGAAACUGCUGCUGCGAGCACU